UGAGGGCUUGGCUGGCAGACAGGGGCUGGGUCUUCUACCUCUGUCCUAUGUCCAUGCUGGCACAUAUAAGACCCUAGUCCUGCUCAGAGAUGAGGAGGGAAGGUGUCUAUAGCAAGAUGGAUGUGGGCAGCAAAGAGGUCUUGAUGGAGAGCCCGCCGGACUACUCAGCAGUCCCCGGGGGCCGGCUCCGCAUCCCCUGCUGUCCCGUGAACAUCAAACGCCUUCUCAUCGUGGUCGUGGUUGUGGUCCUUGUCGUCGUGGUGGUCGUAGGGGCCCUGCUCAUGGGUCUUCACAUGAGCCAGAAACACACGGAGAUGGUUCUAGAGAUGAGCAUCGCAGGCCCGGAGGCACAGCAGCGCCUGGCCCUGAGUGAGCGCGUGGGAACCUCUGCCACUUUCUCCAUUGGCUCCACCGGUACCGUGGUGUAUGACUACCAACGGCUCCUGAUUGCCUACAAGCCAGCCCCCGGAACCUGCUGCUACAUCAUGAAGAUGGCUCCGCAGAGCAUCCCAAGUCUCGAGGCUCUCACUAGAAAAUUGCAGAAUCUCCAGGCCAAGCCCCCAGUGCCUUCCUCGAAGCUGGGCCCGGAGCAGGGCCAUGACGCCGGCUCAGCAUUCUCUGGGGACCUGGCCUUCCUAGGCAGGACCGUGAGCACCCUGUGUGGCGAGGUGCCCCUGUACUACAUCUAGGACUGGUCAGGGCCUCAGGAAGCCCCAAAGGGACAGCGAAGAUCCAGGAGCAAAGGGGUCUUGUGCAGACUGGCAGGAAGCAGAUCCUGUCGACUCCACUGGGACUGGCCCUGGAGAAAUGGGAGCUGUGGGGAGAGGUGGGCAGAGGAGAAGCAGCCCCUAGGGCCCAAGGGGGCUCCUACCAUCAAAGAUUAAAGCAUCCUGAUUGCAAAACGAA